AUGCAUAAGAAUUUAUACGUACGACAUCUAUCGACAAAUCUGUCCAUAUAUCAGACGAGCCGAAAGAAAACAUGGACGUUGGAUUCGAUUCGAUCUCAGUUCAUUUCUGUCGGAUCUGAAUUUGUGAUUUCAGAAAACAAAAUGCCAUCGGUAGGAACACUUGCUUUCGAUGAAUUUGGUCGACCGGUGCUUAUCCUCAAAGGACAAGAGUCGAAAAAACGGCUGUUUGGAAUUGAAGCACACAAGUCUCAUAUAUUAGCAGGCAAGGCUGUAGCUAAUACACUGAAAACAUCAUUGGGUCCACGAGGCAUGGACAAAUGUAUGGUAUCACCUGAUGGUGAUAUAACCAUAACAAAUGACGGUGCAACUAUUCUUAGUAUGAUGCACGUAGAGAACGAAAUAGGAAAGCUGCUCGUCCAAUUAUCAAAAUCUCAAGAUGAUGAAAUUGGUGAUGGAACAACUGGUGUGGUUGUUUUGGCUGGUGCAUUGCUCGAACAGGCCGAAGCUUUACUUGAUAAAGGUAUUCAUCCAAUUCGCAUUGCGGAUGGGUACGAAUUAGCAGCCAAAAUGACACUGGAACACUUGGAUAAGAUCGCCGAAUCAUAUCCACUUGAUCUGAAAAAUCUUGAUCCAUUGAUAAAUACAGCUAUGACAACACUCGGUUCAAAAAUUAUUAACCGUUGUCAACGAAAAAUGGCAGAAAUCGCUGUCAAUGCUAUUAUGAGCGUGGCUGAUAUGAAACGACGCGACGUCAAUUUUGAAUUGAUCAAAGUUCAAGGAAAGGUUGGUGGCCGCCUUGAAGAUACUCUUCUAGUCAAAGGUGUCGUUGUCGAUAAAACAUUUUCGCAUCCUCAAAUGCCCAAGGAAGUUCGGGAUGCUAAAAUAGCGAUUUUAACGUGCCCAUUCGAGCCACCCAAACCAAAAACAAAGCAUAAAUUGGAUAUAACAACUGUUGAAGAUUACAAAAAAUUACGUGAAUAUGAAAAAGAGAAGUUUACUGAAAUGAUCAAAUCAAUUAAAGACGCUGGCACUAAUUUGGUUAUCUGCCAAUGGGGUUUUGAUGAUGAAGCCAAUCAUUUACUUUUAUCUCAUCAAUUACCAGCUGUACGUUGGGUGGGUGGGCCAGAAAUCGAAUUGAUUGCUAUUGCCACUGGUGGCCGUAUUGUACCGAGAUUUCAAGAACUUAGCGCAGACAAAUUAGGUUUCGCCGGACACGUUUAUGAACUUGAUUUUGGUACCACCGGUGAUCAUAUGUUAUGUAUUGAACAAUGCAAGAAGUCCAAUACAUGCACAAUUUUUGUUCGUGGAGGAAAUAAAAUGGUUGUUGAAGAAGCCAAACGUGCUCUACAUGAUGCAUUAUGUGUUGUCAGAAAUCUUGUACGUGACAAUCGCAUUGUCUAUGGCGGUGGUGCCUGUGAAAUUGCCUGUGCUAUUGAAGUAGCUAAACAAGCAAACAAGAUUGCAACCAUCGAACAGUACGCCAUUCGUGCAUUUGCUGACGCACUUGAAUCAGUACCAUUGGCGUUAGCUGAAAAUAGUGGUUUCUCACCGAUAAAAACCGUUUCCGAUGUGAAAUCACAACAAAUUGCCCAGAACAAUCCUCACUUGGGUAUUGACUGUCUUAACACAGGAACAAAUGAUAUGAAGACACAAUCAGUGAUUGAAACUCUCAUUGGUAAACGUCAACAGAUCAGUUUGGCUACGCAACUCGUCCGAAUGAUUCUCAAAAUUGACGAUAUUCGUCUUCCCGGUGAAACCGACGAGUGA